UCAAUGUAUGGGAAAAAGCUUAAUGAGAUUCGUCACAAAAAGAUUCCUGUGAGUGUGAGGAGAAACAGAGCUGCAACCUAUAAUAUUGAUGCUGAGGCCAAAAGGGAACACAUUGAUCAAAAACGGGAUUUGGGAUGUGUAUGUUGUCUCAAACCGCACAAUUUGUGGAACUGCCCGGACUUCAAGAGUAAAUCGCAUGAAGAAAAGGUCAGUCUUUUGAAGGAGCAGAAAUUGUGUUUCAAGUGUCUGUCUCAUGGUCAUCUUGCUCGUAAUUGCAAGAAGGCCAGUCAGUGCAAAGUACAUGGAUGUAAAGGAAAUCGACAUCACACACUGCUUCAUAGAUUUAUUGAAAUUCAGGAGAAAUCGAAAAAGCCUGAAGAGGGACCUGCUGUAUAUUCAUUGGCAAAGUCGUCAAAGUGCAAUGGGAAAAGUAUCGGGCAAGAUGUUUAUUUAUGUGUGGUGCCGGUCAAUGUUCGAAAUGGUGAAAAGACCGCUCAAACAUACGCCUUGCUGGAUCCGGCAUCUACAGUUACUCUGUGUAGUGAACGUUUGAUGGAAUAUCUCGAAGUAACAGGAAAUACUAGAGAUAUCACAUUACGCACAAUUGGACAGAGGCCAAUACAAUACAAGGGUAUAUCUGGCAGUUUAGUUGUAUCGCCGCUAGAUGGUGGUGCUGAACAUGAAAUCACAGAUGUGCUCUCGGUUGAAAAAAUUCCUGCUAAGCCGAAUAAAGCGCCCGACGAAAGGUUCCUUAAAAUCAUGCCGCAUCUUCAAGAUGUAAGAUUGCCUAUCUUGGAAGGAGGAACAGUGAAUCUUCUGAUUGGGGCUGGCAAUGCGGAACUCGUCUGUUUCCAAGAUGUUCGAAAUGGACCGAGGAAAGCACCUAAGGCAGUGAAGACUGUUCUUGGCUGGUCGCUGUUCGGACCCAGUUUUGAGUCGCCAUCAGAUCUCAGAGAAGUUCAUUUUGCAUCUGAUCAUUAUGUCAAUUUCGUCAAGUGUAAUGAUUUGGAAACACAAAAGGAAAUUGAAACUUUGUGGACAACAGAUUUUGGCAAUGAAACUUCAGUUCUUGAUAUUCCAAAUUCUCGAGAAGAUCGAGCAGUGUAUGAAAUUAUGCAAAAUUCGGUGAAACAUAUUGGUGGUCAUUUUCAACUUCCUUUGCCAUGGAGAACCGGGAUGCAGGAUCUACCGGAUAACAAAGAGAUGGCGAAGAAAAGACUUCGUAGCCUCAAAAAUAGACUGAUGAGAGAUUCCGAUUUGCAUAAAAGGUAUGUCGAAGUUAUUCAAGGAUAUAUCAAGGCAGGAUAUGCCAAAAGAAUUUCAUAUGCCGAAAUUGAUACGUCUAAUACAGUUUGGUAUCUUCCUCAUUUUCCUGUCAUGAACCAGCAUAAGCCUGGAAAAGUUCGUGUAGUUUUUGAUGCUGCAGCCAAAUAUGGAAAUGUGUCUCUGAAUGAUUGCUUAAUGUCCGGACCAGAUUUGGUAUCGUCACUCGUGGGUGUAAUUUUGAGAUUUCGCAGGGGACGAGUGGCAGAUGUGGAAGCAAUGUUCCACCAGGUUAGAGUGGCACCUCAGGACACGGAUGCACUAAGGUUUUUAUGGUGGGAUGACGGGGACAUUUCAAAGGAACCCGUUCCACAUCGUAUGCGAGUUCAUAUAUUUGGGGCUGCAUCGAGUCCGUCUUGUGCUGCAUUUUGUUUGAAACAGACGGCGGUGAAAUUUGGAAACGAACACAAACCUAGAAUUUCAGAAAUUGUUAAUGAAGAUUUCUAUGUCGAUGACUGCUUGACAACUGCUGAAUCGGUCGAUGAAGGCAUAGAGAUUGUCAAGGAAUUGACACAAUUGAUGUCAAAAGGAGGAUUCAACUUGACUAAAUGGCUCACCAAUAAUGAUGAAUUACUGUCUAUGAUUCCAGAAGAAAAGAGAGCUAAAUGUGUUCAAAAUCAUGUCAUUGAUGGCAAUGUCAAAGAACGAGUUCUUGGUAUUCAGUGGAAUGUGGCAAAUGAUGAGUUUGGGUUCAAGGUUAAUAUUGCUGACAAACCAAAUACCAGGAGAGGUAUACUUUCAAUUGUAGCAUCUGUUUUUGACCCACUUGGUAUAGCGGCUCCAAUAACGCUACUUGCCAAGUUAUUGUUGCAAGAACUUUGCAAGCAAAAUUUGGGAUGGGAUCAAGAAAUUGCAGAUGAUGAUGCUGUUAAAUGGCGAAACUGGCUACAUCAACUGCAAAGCUUAGAACAGGUGAAGAUACAGCGAUGCUAUCAGCCAUUUGAUUUUGAAAAGUUGUUUCCUAUGAACUACAUCACUUUGCUGAUGGAUCAGAAUUGCAUAUGGAGCUGUUUCAUAUCUACGAAUAAUCGAUAA